AUGGCGAGAUCUAAUCCCACCACUCCUGAAGAGCCUUUCCAAAAGCCAUCAUGUACAAUGAGUGCUAACCUAAGAAGAAAACUAAAACAUUACUAUGAUAAUUACAAUCCAGAUGUUGACUUCUUUGGUUUGAAUGAUAUUUUAGUUCCUAUAGAAACAUAUGUGGUUACCAAUCAUCCAAACGAAAAUGGCGGUGCACUUACCAAUCAAUCCAAUGAAACUAUUGAUAAACAAGAAGCUGUUUCCAGUUCCAUUAGGUUUGAUAAUAUCCUUCUGGGACUUAUUUCUUUCCCAGCAAAAUCCCUCCCUGAAGAUGCAACCACAAUGGAGAAUAUGUUCUCAACUAAAUAGGAUAUGGGUUU